GAAGACAGAAUGAACGUAAGAAUACACACACAAAGAACGUCACCAAAAUCGAUCGUUUUCUAGAGGCGAGACUGAAAACAUAAAUAAUAACAAAUCGAGCUGCAAAUUGGUGGUGACGAGGUUGAUUGAGAAUGAUAGUUGAAAAAUGAGUGACAGCAACUCUGGACGAGGCAACGGAAACACCAGUUCCAUCAACAAACGCCCUCGGCUGCUUUCGUUCCAAGGGCCGAGCUCGGAAUCACAUACUAUCGAUCGCCCCCCGGUUGCAGCGGGUCCUUCGUCAAGUUCACUCGAAGAAAUAAAUGUGAGACAACAGCUGGCGGAUUUGCGUCCCGAGAUGGCCAGCUGGCAGGAAGCACAGAUCACGGCUUGCAUUGAGGACAAUACGAUUAACAUGGUCUUGGAGCAGUAUCUUAGUUUCUUCGAAGCGCGACAGCAGGGCAUAGAGGCCGAGGGGGUAGACCAAGCGGAUAGGGAAGAUAUGGAGCACGAGCAGGAGGUGCUUGUCGAGGAUCAAGCUAUUCUGGCCGCCAUUAACCAACGGGGUCUCCAGCCAGUUCAGGCGUUCGAAACUGAAGAGGAAGGCAGUUCCAGAGGUGAGGACGAUGAUGAGCCUGGAUUAGUUCCGAACGAAAUGGUUGGACGACGAAUGGAUAUAGAUCAACACCAGGGAAUGGAUCUACUCGAAACAGCAGUAGUAGCCGCUAUCCAGGAAAAGGGUCUAACCAGCGCUGGGGCACAGUUCGGGCGAAUGGAAGAAGACAACGGAAGCUAGUGGAUUCGUGGGAUGGUUGCCGUCAUCAUUUGUAAUAAGUGUUCUCGAUAUUAACAGUCACCUUUUAGUCUGUAGUUUCAUAACAUGUAAACCAGUGUUGUAAAGCGGUUAAUUUUUUAUAUCUCAUGUUUAACGAACAUCUAAUAAGAGUGAAUAAAAUACUAUCCAAAAAGA